AUGUGUUUACGUGCUUACGCCGUUUCGUAUCUCACACGCACAGCCGGAAUGAACUCUGUGAAGCGAACGCUCUACCGUGACAUACCUUUCAACUAUCACGUGAUCCCCUGUCGAUGGAAAGAGGCUCUCAAAGAUUUGGAGAUCUUCCGCCUGGUCCAGAUGUGUGCGCCUGUGACUGGCGGUUCGUCCGUGCGUGAUUUUGUCCAAGAUAGAGGCCUCGAUAUAAUGUACUACAUGACGGCCAGAUUCCAAAAGUUCAUCGAUCAAGAAGCGGUGAAGGAUCUCAACGCAAAGUAUAACGCGUUCAUACAGAAGUACCCAGACUUUGACGGUGAGGUGUCUAUCCUGGCACACUCACUCGGCAGUGUUAUCUGUCUCAAUACACU